AUGACGGUUAUUCAGGAUUACCAGUACGGACCACUCGCAGACGAUGACAACACACGUUUCAUACAGUUGUACCCCGCGGCGCACUUCGAAGAUCCCAUACGCGUGGACAUCGUCGAACGGGCGUAUGAUGCCUCCAGGACGCAAGACCCAGUCGGCUACGAAGCUUUAUCGUAUGCUUGGGGCUCAGAUGAAGAUUCGGCGUACGUCUUUGUUGGGGCGAACUCUCGCUUGCGUGUCCGUCACAAUGUUACCCAGAUCCUGAGGUACCUGAGGGACGGUAUUACCCCAGGAUGUACUGUCCGAACCCUGUGGAUUGACGCUAUAUGCAUCAACCAAGCGGACGACGAGGAGAAAGGAAAGCAGGUUACCAUGAUGGGAAAACUCUACGCAUGUGCUACGAGUGUGCUGAUCUGGACUGGAGAGCCCGGGUGCGAUUUGCAAGCGCUACAGCGCAGCUUUGAACGAAAGAUAGAAUACACGCGCGAUGGGGAAGCUCGCUUCAUGCAGUUCUUUGAGACCGGAUGGUUUACGAGGCGCUGGGUAGUCCAAGAGAUCAUGCAUGCCCGCGAAGCCUACAUCAUUUCGGGUAGUGGCACAAUGCAGUGGCAGCAGUUCCGUGUCUUUGUCGAACAUCUGGAACAGAACGUUUCCUACGAAGCAGUGACACCACAUUUUACGGCAAUCUUGCAUCGCUUGAGCAAUCUCACUGCAGUACGAGAUACCAAGUCUGACGAGCUGUCUCAGUGCGAUGAAAAUACUACUGGUGCCCAAACGGAUCGUAUCGUAGCUGGAGCCGAAAAUAUGACGACACUUUUGACACGGUUCUCUACUACCAGAUGUGCAGAUGAUCGCGACAGAAUCUAUGCACUACGAAGUCUCAGUUCGACAUCAAUUGUAGUCGACUACCAAGUCUCAGUCAAUGAGCUUUAUGAUCGGUUGAGCAAGAUCGAAGUGAUCCGAUUUCCAAUGGCCAUCAUGAGCUGCGCUGGGUCCUUCGGUGGACUCGCUGCUUCAUGGGUCCCGGAUUGGAGGUUACCCAUGCGAUACAGGCCUUUCCAGUCAUCUCUCAAGUACGAAUGCUCAACUCUGCCAGUAGGGGUGUCAUUGGCUACCGUUGAAAAUAGCCUGCUCACGAUACAGGCGACCUUUGGUGGCGUCGUCGAUAGUGUCGUAGAUCCGCCAGGACCCGAACAUGAGACAGAAGAGAGGACCCUGUACCGAUGGGGUAAUUACUUCGUCCAACAUCACGCCAUCGGUACGCCAGAGCAGAAAUCGAUGGAUGCAAUGAUCUUGUAUUGUGCUCUGCGUGUGAUACCCAUGGAAGACGAUGUUGCGGAUCCGCAUCCCUCUCCUUACAAAGCACAGCUGCGAUCUCGUUGGGAAAACAUACUCCGUCGUUGGAAUUCAUACGAAAAAUGGAAUAGGAAAAGGAAACCCAUUUUACGCCUGUUAUCCGAAGCAAACAGGAUAGGCCUCGCCCACACAAAGGAGGGCCGCUCGUGCUUUUUCACAAGUGCUGGGCUGUUCGGAAUAGGACCAGACACGAUACAGAUCGGCGACUACCUUGUCAACAUGCCAGGAUGCGACUCCAUGAUGGCACUACGUCCGGUCGAUGCUGAGAAGAAUCUCGAGCAGAUGUAUGGGGACAUGGGGUCAUCUCAGCAUCCGGCUAUGACGGUCGUCGGCGACUGCUGGAUACCUGAACUCGUCAAAUCUAAUAGGGAAAAUACUGCAUCUAAUCUUCGCACUUUCCACAUCGUGUAG